AUGGCGGCCAAGGCGGGUAGCGCGAGCGUGCUGGGCGGCGGCGGCGGCGCAAGCGGCGAGUUCAUCUCCGUGGCCGGGCUGCGCGUGGACGGGCGACGCAGCGAGGAGGUGCGGCGCAUCCGCACGCGCUUCGGGCUCUUCUCGCGCGUGGACGGGUCGGCUUACUACGAGCAGGGCAACACCAAGGUGGUGGCGGUGGUCUACGGCCCGCGGGAGCUGCGCGUCGGCCCGGCGGGCGGCGCGGCGGCCGUGGGAACGGGCUCGGGCAACGCCGCGUCCAACACGCAGCCGCGCGCCGUCGUCAACUGCGAGUUCACGCAGGCGGCCUUCGCCACGUCGGAGCGCAAGCCGCAGCGCAGCGGCGACCGCAAGAAGGUCGAGAUGUCGCUGGCCGUCAAGCAGAUCUUCGAGGCCUGCGUGCAGACACAGCUGUACCCGCGCUCGCAGAUCGACAUCUUCGUGCAGGUGCUGCACGCGGACGGCGGCGAGCUGCCGGCCAGCAUCAACGCCAUCACGCUGGCGCUGAUCGACGCGGGCAUCGCGCUCAACGACUUCGUGGUGGCCUCGUCGGCUGGAUACUUGCAGCAGACCAUGCUCUGUGACCUGAACUACGCGGAGGAGGUGGCGCGCGCGCCGCAGGUGGUGAUGGCGCUCAAUCCGCGCACGCAGAAGCUCAACCUGCUGCAGAUGGAGUGCAAGCUGCCGCUGGAGCUGUUCGAGAGCCUCAUGGAGGUGGCCACCGAGGGCUGCAACCAGAUCUACGACCUGCUGCAGAACGCCCUCCCUUGUGCCGCGCAUACCAUGGCCCUCCGCUCCGCCCCCACGGCACGCGGCGUCGCCCCACGCACCGCGCUGGACGCGCAGGAAAACCAGGACCCCGAGCAUGUCGGAAUCUCAGCAAAGUCGCUUGUAUCUGCGUCAGGACCGCCGUCCAAAGCGAGGAACUCCGUCUCAAGCGACUCGAGCACGCGGAAGCACCGGCGCGCGCUGCAAAGCAUCGACAGCAACUGUCCUAGACCCACAGUGAACGCGCCCAAGCGCGCGCAGCCCAACGCAUCCGCGCGCGACCUCCAGAGCCCAGUAGACGCCAAGAAAUCGCUCGGACAGGCCACGGUCGCACUCCACACAUCUACAGGACCGGAAGGGCAGGAAACAGGUCGCACAGGGGCUGCAACCACGCCAGUUGAUGAGGCGCAGAGCCCGCACUCCUCGUCGGAGCAGACAGAGGCGCAGGAGAGCGAGAACUUGGCCUGGAUGGACAUGAUGCUGGCCCUAUUGGAGAAGCGCUACGGCCCCGACUCCUCGCUGCCCGUGUGUCUCACUGACCUGGAGGCCGCCAACCUGUUCCAGUUGCCUCACCGCAAGAAGCUUAAGACGGGGAUCGCCUCCUCCCCUUCCACGUCCAGGACUAGCCUGGACGCCUCUAGACCUCAAACUAACACAGCCAACGACUCCAAGUUGACAGCUCCAGGCUCGUCGAACGUGCAGCAGACCUCAGCGCGGUUCGAGCACGAGCCGGAGCUGGCCAAGGAGGACAAGCGGCAGCGCCUGCUGCUUCGACAUGCGCAGCAGAUCCAGGCCUCAAGUGUGUCGUCGUCCACCAGUUGCGGCUGCAAGACCGGCUGCCUCAAGAUGUACUGCAUGUGCUUCAGCUCCCGCGGCUUUUGCCACGCCGGAUGCGCCUGCGACGACUGCAAGAACGGACGCAAGCACCAGACCGAGCGCGUGGAGGCCAUCCAGAACUAUUUAGCCAACGACCCGCGCGCCUUCUCCUUCGCGUCGCUGCCCCAAAGUGCCAGCACCACGGGCUUCCUUCACCUCCUGCCGCAGAAAUCUAGCGCGGUCGUGAUGCGCGGGUGCCGCUGCAAGAAGUCCAAGUGUCUGAAGAAGUACUGCGAGUGUUUCCAGAACGGCAUCGCCUGCACGUCGCACUGCCGCUGCAUGGACUGCUCGAACCACAGCGAGUCGACGGCUGCGCACCAGCACCCGCACCUGCAGAAGCGCAGCGCCACCGCCCAUGGCAAGCGCGCGCUCAGCGUCUCCCCCACUGCCAAGUCGAAGCCCUUCCACCCCGUGCAAAUCACCGUGACUAAGCAGCCCCGCCGCAACCUCGUGGGCAAGACGCUCCGCCUCAACCUGUAA